AUGUUAAAGAAAAAUAAAAAAACUCCGGCUAAUUAUAAGAAUAAAGGACUAAUUAAAGAGGCAGUAGAAUUUCACUUACUACACGCUUCUAGUUUUACUUCUGCUCAUAAAGAAGGACACUUUCGCGGUAGAGCAGAAGCAGAACUGCUAAGAGAUGAUUUAACACGGGUUAAAAAUGUUCUGAGCAUUAAUAAUCCUCGAAUUCAAGACUUUGAAGCACAAAAGGUCAAAAAUGAAAGGAUUGUAGAGAAGUGUAAAGAGUUAUUAAAGGAGUUGGAGUAA